CUACAAUGUUUGUUCAGGAAGAGAAGAUCUUUGUAGGCAAAGUCUUGAAAGUCCAUGUCUGUACAAUGGAGGGUACCGAGUGGCUGGAGGAAGUCACGGAAGACACCACUAUAGAGAAACUCAAGGAGAAGUGCUUAAAGCAUGUAGGUCUGCCAUCGGUUAGCUGGCAUUGUUAGCCGACCCGGACAGGACAGGCCCGCUGGAUUCUCAGAGUCAUUGCCAAGUAUUUUUAGUAACUAGCAGACGAGUCGACGGUGCUAUUUAUAAUUUAGCAAGCUGGACAGUCACCUCCAUCUCUGUGACUGUACUGUAACUACCCUGCUUGGUUUACAGUGUAGAACUGACAUUAACUUGUUGACAGCCUUUUUCUGUUCACAAUGUAUCUGUCAGGUACUCAGAUCCGUGCAGCUCAACUCACCUUGACACCCAUUCAUGUUUUCUUGUGUCCAUGGAAGUCUAGAGGAUCCUAAAACUCUUACACAUCACAAACUCAUUCAUGCUGCCACUGAAAGAAUUCUCACCGAAUCCAAAACUGUUGCUGAGGAAAAUCUUAAAGACAAAGACUGCUUAUUAUUGAUAAAGAAAAGACCUCCGCAGGCUCCGCCAAAAAUGACUGACAUAUCUUCUGAAGAGAAGAAGAAGCAAGAGAGCAAAGCGCCAGACAAGGACGCCAUCCUCAAAGCCACAGCAAACCUGACCACUCGCAACACUGACCGCACUGUAACUCAACACAGUAUCAGAGAUUUUCAAACAGAGCUGAGGAAGAUUCUGGUCUCACUUAUUGAGGUGGCUCAGAAGCUGCUGGCUAUGAAUCCAGAUGCUGUUGAGCUCUUCAAAAAGGCCAAUGCCAUGCUGGAUGAGGAUGAGGAGGAUGGUGUGGAUGAAGCGGCCCUGCAGCAGCUGACUGAGAUGGGUUUCCCUGAGAGUCGUGCUGUGAAGGCUCUACGCUUAAACCACAUGUCUGUGACCCAGGCUAUGGAAUGGCUGAUUGAGCAUGUGGAUGACCCCAUGGUUGACACGCCUCUCCCUGGACAGGACAGCCCAGGGGUGCCGGCCGCUGCGGCCCCUGCUCCUGCCCCAGCUCCCUCUGCCUCUGCUUCAGGAGCCCGGGCCCGUCUGUCAUCCCAGGCUAGCCUAGAAGAGGCCAAACAAGAUGAACUGACGGAGAUCUUCAAACGGAUCAGAAGGAAACGAGAGUUCAGGCCUGACUCACAGGCAGUGCUUGCUCUGAUGGAGAUGGGCUUCGAUGAGAAGGAGGUGAUUGAUGCCCUCCGCGUCAAUAAUAAUCAACAGGGUGCAGCUUGUGAAUGGCUGCUGGGUGACAGAAAGCCCACCCCUGAGGAUCUGGACAAGGGCAUUGAUACCAGCAGUCCCCUGUUUCAGGCCAUUCUGGAGAAUCCCGUCGUACAGCUUGGUCUCACAAACCCCAAGACUCUUCUUGCGUUUGAGGACAUGCUGGAGAACCCGCUGAACAGCACGCAGUGGAUGAAUGAUCCUGAGACAGGCCCCGUCAUGCUCCAGAUCUCCAGAAUCUUCCAGACACUCAACCGCACGUAAAGCACACCUCACCUGUGGAGCGGCCAGAACCACAGUCUAGCUUAGAGAAAAAGGUCAAUCAGUGUGUGUGUGUGUGUGUGUGUGUGUGUAGGUUAUGUGUGUGCAUGUGCGCGUGUAUGUGGCAAAACUAACUGUUUUAAGUGGAGAAGUCCUGAAGAUGAAUGUAAACAUACGAUGAUGACAUUUUCACAUCAUGUUAUACAGAGCAAAAUAUCUAUUUAUCUAUAACUACACAACACUUGUACAAAUACAAUGUAAGCAGUAGCUUAAUGAUAAAUAGCUAACUUCAUUAUUUGGUUUUUUAUGUUUUAAUAAGAUCUGUUUUUAAUUAUAGUAAGCACAUUAUUUUAUAUAAUUUCUCUAUAUAUUUGUUCAAUUGGACAUCAAAAAAAAAAAAAAUGUCCUGUUUUUUUUUUAUUUGGUGUGCUCAAAGAUCAAAUUACAACCUGAUUAAUUAUUUAACACUUCACAUGGUACAUUUGUCAUAUUGUUUCUACAGGGAGAUGAACAGUGUGUGUUCAGUUAUUUUUAUUAUCGGUUCAAAAAUGAAAUCCUUUUAUGUAUUCGAUUAUAAGUUUCUUCCAAAAACAUCCAGUGAACCUACGUACGAUUUAGGGAAAGCCAUGCAAGCACCAGCAGUUUUUGGCAACUCCUCAUUUGAAGAUUAUUCAAGCUUUGUGGUUUCAUUAAAACUACAGACAUUUCUGUGAUGAUGUGAUGACACAAUAGCAAUCUGCAGCCCCUUACAGACAUAGAUAAGUGACGGAUAUUGAAAUUGAACCUGAUCCCCUCAUCUCUUUCAUUCUUCUGAUCUAUUCAGAUAUAAUCUGUUCAAAUAGACACAAGUCAGUUUAGAACAAAGAUGGUAUAAUCGAGUACUGGUUUUUUUCCAGUAGCUCCUGCAUCAGGGGUUUUCAAGUAUUACAGUACAUUUGUCCACUAUCAUCAUGAUCUCGCUCGCAUCCCUGCACACGUGUAAUGUGAGGCUUACAGGAGGCUGGACAGACUUUAGUUUGUACCAACUCAAAUAAAAUGACUUUUCUUUUAUGGACUGGUUCUUUUACAUGGUAUGUUUGCUCAAGUUGGUUGUGUUUAAUAAUAAUGAUGAAAUAAAUGUGCUGUCAGUGUCAUCACAGUUAUCUUAUGUCACUUUUUACAAUGCACUUAGUAGUUUGCAUGGGAAAUUUAGACAGCAUUCAUUGCACACAACAUGUAAUCUUUUAUUUGAAAUGCUUGGAUUGAAAUUGAAGCAUUGUUUGCUGUGGAGACCUAUAUUUGUAUGCUCUGUUUCAAAUACCUGUGCUGGGAUUUCAGGAAGAAAUUAGUACGUUUUCAGUAAGACUUAAGUUGAAUAACGUUAUUUGUAUGGUUUUGAUAUGUUUUUUUUUUUUUUUUUGUAUCAGAUAGAUAUAUUAUAAAAAAUGUGGUCAUAGCAAACACUAAUUGUAGAUCCAUUGAUAAUUGUGUAAAGUAGAGGGUGAAAUAUGUGGUGGUGUUGUUGUUGUUUUUUUUUGGCCAAGCGUGGAGUGUUUCCAUUCAAUAUUUGAAUCGUGUUGGUGUGAAGUAUGUGCUCAGGGGUUUCUUAGCCAUAUUGGGCAAAUAUCUGCUAAUGCCUACUUUAUCAAUGCAAAUAACAGUAGAUUAGUGAUUGCAUUAUCAGAGAACACUAUGAAUAUAUCUGAAAGCUUACACUUCAAACGAAAACUUACUAUCCUCGUGUGAUAUUUAUUUUCAGGCCAAAUAUAAUCAAUCAUGAAAUCAUCCCUUGAGAGAUUAUGUCAUUAUAAUAUCGUUUUAGAAGACCGAGCAUAUUAAAUGGUAUGUCAUGUUCAUUUCACUGUCUGAGUGGCUUCAGAUGUACUUAAGGGUUAUGUUUAACACAUUCAGCAUUUGAAUCCAGACCAUCUCCUUCAUUGUCUUGAGAACAAGUUUUUGGUCUGAAGAAAUGUAGCUUGUAUUGUUUUGGGGGACUAGAGAGAACAGGCUUCUAUGCAAUUCAUUUUUUUUUUGUUGCCUCAACAGAAAAACAACAGGUUUCAGUAUCAUGCUGCAUUUGUAGUAUUGAGUAAUUGAUGUGCACUUUCAUAUCAUAUGUUAUUUUUGAUCUGGAAUCAAAUUUUGGUUUCAUCAUGGGUGAGCUCUGUAAAGUUGAAAGUUAUUUCAGUAUUUUAAAAAGUUUGGUGUUCAUUAAUUUAUGGUACUGCUUAUAUGGUUGAAGUUUCAUUUUCCUAACACCAGUGUGCUGAAAACCUUAAAAUGAUCAGUGAUCAAAUGCUAGGUUACAGAUUUUGUAUCCUUCAUUUCAAAAAGGUUAUCAGGUAACAGAAAUUAUGAUGAAAUAUUGUGAAGGUUUGUUGCUCUUGUUUCCAUUUUACUUUUGUGUCCUUGGUUUGUCUACAAGGUCAGUUUCACAUAGAGACCCUACAGUCUCAGAGCUGAAAUGUAACUUUUCUCCAUUUGUUGAAAAGCCUUUCAUGAGACAUAAUAAAAAAAGUUUUUUAAAAAUCCA